AUGUAUCUGUCACGUGCCCAGAGUCUCAGGCUGGCUGCUGCCCUCGAGGAGUGUUCGGACCAGCUGGGCAUUCUGGAACACACGCUUACCAUCCAAAUCCACAAAAAGUGCACCACUGACAAGGCACAGGCCAGAGUGAAAAAGGUGAAACGGGACUGUCACUAUAUCUCACAACAGGUCUCCAAGUUACAGGCUGAGCUCGAGGAGAAAAUGAGCUUCAGCUGCCUGCUGCAGGUAGUGGACGGACAGGACAAGGAGAAGAAUGCCGAGAGCAGCAAAAGAGAGGCAAAGAGAGAAAUGGAGAAGAGAAGACGCACGCUCCCAAAACAACAAGGGACGCUUCAAGAGAAAGUUGAUCAAUUGAAGGAACUGCAAACCUCGUACGAGGAGCUCAACGAUAAACUGCACCGACUUAUUAAUUCAAAUGCUGCCAGAAAGGAUCUGGAGGACAGAUGCACUGCGCAGCAGCUCCAGAAAACCCAAAAUGAAAUGAGCGAAGCUGAGAGGAGACUUGAAGACAAAGUUGUGCUGCUGAACGAUCAUUUUAAACUGCAAGAGCGAGUUCACGAAGAAGCCAAGAUUUUCCUGAAGAAACAAAAUGCGGAGUUACAAGAGCAGUUGCGACAGUGGCAGCAGUGCACAGAGCAGAACAUGCAAGAGAAGGAGGAGCAUCUCACCCGCACGCGCUACAAGAGAACAACAAACUUGGAAACGUUGACAACAAUGCAAAAGAAGUAUAGCGAGAUGGAGGAGGUGGUGAAGGAGGAAAGGGAGGAGGAGGAGAGACAGCGCCAGCUGGCGCUUAGGAAUAAAGCUGCUCUCAAGGUGCAGUCUUGGUGGAGAGGUGUCAUGGUCCGCAAAGGCUUUGGUAUUUAUCGGAAAGUAGAACCCAAGAAAAGCAAGAAGAAGGAGGGAAAGAAGAAGAAGAAAAAAUGA